AUGGCUUCAAGUCCUGCGGCCAGGCAUGGUUCAAAUUCAAAUUCCGAUAAUGGGGACUACAGGAAAAAGACAACGAACACUUCCGCUGCCCUUCAAGGAGCAACUCUGGCGUUCGCAUCACAAACACGCCAAAAACAGCCACGCAACAGCGGGAGCCCAGAGAGAAGGAUACCAGAGCCCAGGCAGCCAGCGGGGCGAGCUAUCCAUGAUGGAGCUCGAAAAGCAGCUCUGAUUGCGGACGCCGCUGCAAUCCACAAUCGGACCGGUGCUGGUGCUGACGAGGGUGAUGAUGAACAUCUGGUUACAACAGGCACUGGGACAGCUGUGAAGGACAGGAUUCAGCUCUUUGCUCAUCCAACUAGUAGUGGUGGUGGCGGAGGAGGAGGAGGAGGAGGAGGUUCUACCACAGGAGAAACUCGAGUUCCACAACUUGCCGAGUCUAUGGAGACUGUAACCUCGGCCCAGAACAACGACCCAACGGCCUAUAGAAAAGCCAGCAUAAAUGCUACCAUAGUGACGCAGCCAAAAAUAGGGCCAGAAUACAACACGCAGCGCAUUGCAGCUAAACUUGCUGUGGAUAGAUCUGCUGCGGGCUCCAAAGCAAGAUCAGGGUCCCCGUCCCGGGCCGCCUCUGCUGCUACGAUAAGCUCGCCGCGAGCCAGGGAAUAUCAAGAGUUUAUUACACAUGAGGCCCAGCGUGUCCCAAAUUCGCCAGCUAUCCGUGAAGAAGUCGAUAUAGGUACUAUCGUUAUGAGCUCGAGGAGGGACAAAGGCAAUGUACCUCCAGAUUCGGAUGUGACCGAUGCAGGACAGCUCUCAGCUGCACAAAACAUGCCAACGCAGCAGAAAUAUGGAGUCAAUACCCCUCCUCCGCUUCCGAACAGGUCAGUAAUGACCAGAGAUAAUCCAUUGUCAAGAAAGAUGGAUUCAGAACCUGACCAAGGGUCUCAUCCACGACCUCCUCCUCUACCGCGGCGUGAUAGAACCAUCACUCCACCUCCAGCUCUACCCCCAAGAUCCUCUACAGCUCCUCAGGGCAAGGAGAAACCACCGCCUCCAGCACCACGGCAAUCGAUAACGACUGCGUCUUCAACCAUUGAUAGGCCUCUGACUCCACGUAAACCGCUCCCUUCCUUGCCUUACCAGAAUCCGCGACCAAAUACGCUCCCCCAUGCUCGCGCAAGCCCACUACGAUCCCAGCACUCUGGGGUUUCCGAGAGUGCGUUGGCCGAUGCAAUCGCAGCUUCAACGCUGGCAUCCCGUCGCACUCCGUCACCGUCCAAAGGCCAUAGCAGCAACAGUAGCAACCCUCCUCCGCUACCGCCUAGUCGACGAUCAAGAUCUCGCUCGUUUCUGCAAGUUAGCCACAGUGGCAACCGCAGCGACCGGCCAGACAGGGGAGACAAUAAUGGCAAAAGCAGAAGGACACCCAGCCCCAACAAGACGACGACCAUGAAACGGACAAUGCGAGCCCCCGCCCUGCCUGAGCCGGACUUUGCAGCCGGCGAGAUACAUCGAAGCAAGGAACAUGGCCGGAAAAUCAUCCGAACGCACCCGCAUAAGCAUCGAGAAGGCGAUCGCAAGCGUUGGCGUGACAGGGUGACUGCAGCGGAGAGGAAGCGCUACGAGGGGGUGUGGGCAGCGAACAAAGGCCUGUUUGUAGGCGUGCAUGAACAGGUCAAUAUCAAGGAUAGAUCUGUUAUCCUGGAGGAGACUGUAUCGAGCAUGGUGGUCCGGGACAUCUGGACUCGGAGCAGGCUACCGACGCAGAUGCUGGAACAAAUCUGGAAUAUUGUUAGCCACCAUGCAUAUGGGCUGCUGUCUCGGGAGGAAUUUGUCGUAGGGAUGUGGUUGAUCGACCAGUGUCUGAAAGGGCAUAAGCUGCCCGUCAAGGUAUCACAGAGCGUCUGGGACAGCGUGAGAGUGGUAUCUUCAGGGGCAGCUAGAGGCCACUGA